AGGAGUAGGAAGAUGGCGGAGCCGGGGCCAACGCGGACCUCUCCCUUGUACCCGCGGGUGUCAGCUGUGGAUGGAUUCUUGAAAACUGAUGAAAGGCAAAGGCUGGCUAGAGAAAGAAGAGAAGAAAGAGAAAAAUAUCUUGCUGCCAGAGAGCAGCAAAUUUUGGAAAAAGAAAGGAGAGCAAAACUUCAGUAUGAAAAGCAAAUAGAAGAACGAUGGAGGAAGCUGGAGGAGCAAAGACAGAGGGAGGAGCAAAAGAGAGCAGCUGUUGAAGAAAAGAGAAGACAGAAACUCCGAGAAGAAGAGGAACGAUUAGAGGCUAUGAUGCGGAGGUCCAUGGAGCGAAGUCAGCAGCUAGAACAGAAACAGAAGAGAUGGUCAUGGGGAGGAGCACUGGCUGCAGGCUCAGGAGAGAGAGAUGGUGAAUCAGAAAAUACCCCACCCCCUCUAGGUUUAGCUGCCAACACCCUUCUUCCAGACCCUGUGGCCUCAACUGCUGCUGUUGAUCCCUCCAAUGCAUGUGACAAACUUUCAGCUUCUACAAUGAACCUGCCAAAGCAAAUGGAGUCGCCUAUCAAUAAGCGCCUCUCCUCCUCCACAGCAACAAUAACAUAUUCCCCUGACAGAGGCAAAGCUCAUCGCAUGCACCUUAGUCCAAUGGAAAACUUUAUUAUUUCUCGACUAUUGACUCCCACACAAGCUUCUUUAGCCAGAAGCAGAAGUACAUUAAUGCUUUCUGAGCAAUACAAUGAUUCAGUAUUCCAUAUCUGUCCUCGUGUAGCACCAGCUAGUCCUCUUAAAUCUCCAUACAAGCCUUCUCCCACUCGGACUGUGGAGAAAAAGAAGGCAGCUGCUGCUUCUGCAUCAGAUUCAAUGAAGGGAGCAACUGCAGCUGAAAUCUCACAGAAUGAGAAGAAAAAGAAAGAGAGAAAGUCCACAACUCCAGGCACAUCAUCUGGUUUGGCAUCUCCUCUUAGAAGAUCUGAUUCUCCAGCAGCCAUGUCUAAACGAUCAGCUUCACCUGCAACUCCUAAGACAACCACAAAGACUUACCCUCAGUCUCCCAAAACUGCUAAACAGUAUCCAGCUUCUCCUGUGAAACAGCAUGCCUUGGGAGAAACACCUAAAAAAAGAGCAGAAAAACAUAAGGACAAUCAGAGGGAAAAUACUAGCCAGAAAACCCAAACACCGCCUGCUACAGAUGCUAUAAGCCAAGUUAUUGCUGAAAAAUCUGUGCCUUCUGCAGGAAAGUCGGAAAACAAUGAAGGGAAACUUGCAGCGGGGACAACUGAUGCUGAAGAAGCUACACGAAUUCUAGCAGAGAAGAGACGUCAGGCUCGUCUCCAGAAAGAACAAGAGGAAAAAGAAAGACAGGAGAGAGAGGAGCGUGAAAGGCUUGAGAGAGAAGAGCUGAAAAGAAAGGCUGAAGAAGAGAGGGCUCGACUGGAGGAAGAGAAACAAAAAAAAGAGGAAGAAAGAAGGCGUGAAGAGGAAGAGGCAAGGAGAAAAGCAGAAGAGGAAGCUAGAAUAAGAGCUGAAGAAGAAUGCCUACUAAGGGAAAGGAAAGAAAAGGAAUUGCAAAUGAUGCUUGAGGCACAGAAAGAAGCAGCAGAAGCAAAGGCCAGGGAAGCGGCUGAACAUCUGCGUCUGGAAAGAGAACAAAUAAUGCAACAGAUAGAGCAAGAAAGGCAGGAGCGGAAGAAGAGAAUAGAUGAAAUAAUGAAAAGAACACGAAAAAGUGAAACACCAGAAAUCAAGAAGGAAGACACAAAACCAGAAGUGCCAUCAACUCUAAAUGUGGAUAGACAGCCAAAGCCACUUGCUAUCAGUCAGACAGAGACAAAUGGACUCAUAAACUGCAAAGAAGAUAAAGGCCUAAAAUGUUCUGUGCCUGAUUCUUUUCCUCAUGAUGUAUUUUCUAAUGGAUUUAAGCCACUUAUGGGCCUUAUUCAACUAGAUGGGAAAUCUAACAGUAUGGAUGAUUCAACAGAUGAAGUUCAAUCUAUGGAUGUGAGUCCUGCUUCAAAAGAAGAGCUCAUAUCUAUCCCUGAAUUUUCACCAUUGAAUGAAAUGAUGCCUGGUGUUUCUUUGGACCAGAAUGGAUCAAACAAUGGGAAGGCUCUUCAAGAACUACUAGAUUUUACUGGCCAGGCUACUUACCCAAAAUUAUCAAGUGAAAGUAUUACCAUAGAUGACUGUAAUAAAAAUUUGAUUGAUGGAUUUAAUAGUCCAGGACAGGAGACAAGUCUCAACACCUUGUGCUGAUAAAAUACUACACUACUACUUGGGAAUAAGACCAUGUUGGAGAAUUCAGAACACUUUCAAUGCUGCUGUCCGUAAAACAAAAGCUUGUCAUUUAAGAAGCUGCUCUAGUCUGCAACACUGGAUAUCAUGUUACUCUGCACUGAAUUUGCUGUCUUCCCAUGUACAUUAUUGAGUAAUUAAUUGUUUUGGUAAAGAGUGGAAUCUUCACUUUGAGUGGUUUCAAGAAAGAUUGCUGAGAGUUCUUUGUUUAGAAUUUGAGCUGCUAAAAUGGAUAGUAAAUAUAUAUUUCAGUGGGCUCCUGAAUGAAUCCACUCAUUUAUUUUAAUACUAUUAUUUUAAUUUUGUUAUUGAACUGUCAAGCUUGGUUUGUAAAUGUACAUUAGACUGAAGUUCCUGCGCUUGCCAUGUGCCUACUUUUUCAGUUGGGUUUUUUUUUCUUGAGAAAAGACCAUUUUAUAUACCAUUCAUGACAGGUUUUCAUUGUAUAUCUCAAGCUGAGAAGACUUGAACAAUAUAUGCAACUGCUGGAUCCAAAAGGCUUUCUUGCAGACACUGGAGCAUUAGGGAAAUCCUUCCAUAAAAUAUGGCACAUAACCAUUUUUAUUUGUAUUAUUUGCAUUUGUCAAUAACUUAGUUGGCACUGAACCGAAUAGUACUACUAAUAGAGUGUUAAAAUAAAUUAGUAGGGUCUUAUUACAUGAGUCUUUAAAGUAUAUUUAAUUUUAACUGUGUAAAGAAAGAUCAGUACCUUUAAUUACAUGUAUUGUAUAAGCAAUUGUAUCAUUGGGGCAAAGCUGAUAUAUUAAUGUUCACAAUAUAGCAUCUGUUACCAAUAUUGGAUGGUCUUUAUUUAUGGGAUUCACUAAUAUCCCACAACAUCGUAUAAUCCACUGCAAACAGUAUAUAAGAUGGGCAACAAGAUACUAUAAGGAAUAACUAAGAGCAAAGAAAGUUGUACUUGUGCAAGAAAAUAGCCUAAUUAGCCUUAUUCUACAAACGUGUAUGAUGAACACUUACUGAGAAAACAGAGGCAUUCUCUAAGUUGUACAGAAGACAUCAUCUAGCACAUUGAAACAAGAUCAACUGAUUUCAGUGGAAAAGUUAAGCACUGACUUUGAAUUCUCUUUUUUGAAAUGAGCGGAAUUUAAAAGUGCUUAACUGAACCUGGUUGUUGCAUAAAGAAUGUCCACUUCUGGCAAACAAUAACUUUUAUGCUGUGUUGCCUAGAGGAUAAUUUUGUCCCAUUCUUUACAACAAAGAAGCAAACAAAACUGGCUACUUUUAUAUGUAGGGGUGUGUUAAAAUGUUAUGUAGCUCUGUUCUUGUGAUUCUAAAAAUGGCCCCUGGUGAAUAAUCAAAGUAGUUAGUGAAACUAUGUACACAAAAAUGCUUACAAUAUUUAUGUUGAUGUAUUUCAGCAAAAAUACUUUCUUGGUGACUGUGCAGUAUGUUGUAGCAUGGUACAGUGUCUUCCAAAGUUCAUUCUGCAAUUUCCCUCCUAAACAAUAAAA